AUGACGACCGGAUCGUGUUUUUGUGGAAAUGUCAAAUACGAGUUCUCUGGAGAACCAGCCGCCAAGAGCAUCUGCCACUGCCUAAGCUGUCGUAAAAUUACCGGCUCUACCUAUACCACUAACUUCAUCAUCCCCGAAACGAACUUCUCAAAGAUUUCCGGCAUACUCCGCAAGUGUACGGCAAAACAUGAGAACGGGAUGGAUCUCACGGUCAAUUUUUGCGAAAACUGUGGAACGACCAUUUUCAAGACAGCAAGUGCGAAGGAUUUUGCAGGCGUGAUUAUUCUGGCAGCGGGAACGGUGGAUCAAGGGCAAGGGGUGGAAAAGGCGAAACCCGAAAGGGAGCUGUGGGUGAAAUAUCGAGGAAAUUGGUUGCCUCCUUUGGAGGGAGCAAUUCAGAACCAGGAGUUUCCCUAG